CGCCCGGGCCGGUCUCGCCCCUCUACCGAGCGCCUCGCCGCCCCCUCCCCGGCCCGCGUCCCCUCCCCCGUCCUCUCCUCCCCGCCCGCCGCCCGCCUCUCGGGGGGAGGGGCGUGGGGGCAGGGAGCCGAUUUGCAUGCGGCCGCCGCGGCCGCUGCCUGAGCCGGAGCCCGCCGCCGCCGGAGCCCGCGCCCGCGCCCGCGCCCGGCCCGCGCGGCCCCAUGCCUCUGGCGCGGCCCUCGGGGGGGCGAAGGUGAAGAUCGGCUCCUAGGAUGAGUGAAGGGGCGGCCGGUGCCUCGCCACCUGGUGCCGCUUCGGCAGCCGCCGCCUCAGCCGAGGAGGGCACCGCGGCGGCUGCGGCGGCGGCGGCGGCGGGCGGGGGCCCGGACGGCGGCGGAGAAGGGGCGGCCGAACCUCCCCGGGAGUUACGCUGUAGCGACUGCAUCGUGUGGAACCGGCAGCAGACGUGGUUGUGCGUGGUGCCUCUGUUCAUCGGCUUCAUCGGCCUGGGGCUCAGCCUCAUGCUGCUUAAAUGGAUCGUGGUAGGCUCCGUCAAGGAGUACGUGCCCACGGACCUGGUGGACUCCAAGGGAAUGGGCCAGGACCCCUUCUUCCUCUCCAAGCCCAGCUCUUUCCCCAAGGCUAUGGAAACCACCACAACAACCACUUCUACCACGUCCCCCGCCACCCCCUCUGCCGGCGGCGCCGCUUCUUCCAGGACGCCUAACCGGAUUAGCACCCGCUUGACCACCAUCACACGGGCACCCACCCGCUUCCCUGGGCACCGGGUUCCCAUCCGGGCUAGCCCGCGCUCUACCACAGCACGGAACACUGCUGCCCCUCCGACGGUCCUGUCCACCACGGCCCCUUUCUUCAGUAGCAGCACGCCCGGCUCCCGACCCCCGAUGCCAGGAGCCCCCAGUACGCAGGCGAUGCCUUCCUGGCCCACUGCGGCGUAUGCUACCUCCUCCUACCUCCACGAUUCCACUCCCUCCUGGACCCUGUCACCCUUUCAGGAUGCUGCUGCCGCCUCUUCCUCCUCACCCUCUUCCACCUCCUCCACUACCACCACCCCAGAAACUAGCACCAGCCCCAAAUUUCAUACUACAACAUACUCCACUGAACGAUCUGAGCACUUCAAACCCUGUCGAGACAAGGACCUGGCGUAUUGUCUCAAUGAUGGUGAAUGCUUUGUGAUUGAGACCCUGACAGGAUCCCAUAAGCACUGUCGGUGCAAGGAAGGCUACCAAGGAGUCCGUUGUGAUCAAUUUCUGCCGAAAACAGACUCCAUCUUAUCGGAUCCAACAGACCACUUGGGGAUUGAAUUCAUGGAGAGUGAAGACGUUUAUCAAAGGCAGGUGCUGUCAAUUUCAUGUAUCAUCUUUGGAAUUGUCAUCGUGGGCAUGUUCUGUGCAGCAUUCUACUUCAAAAGCAAGAAACAAGCUAAACAAAUUCAGGAGCACCUGAAAGAGUCACAGAAUGGGAAGAACUACAGCCUCAAGGCAUCCAGCACAAAGUCUGAGAGCUUGAUGAAGAGCCAUGUCCAUCUACAAAAUUAUUCAAAGGCGGAUAGGCAUCCUGUGACUGCGCUGGAGAAAAUAAUGGAGUCAAGUUUUUCAGCUCCCCAGUCGUUCCCAGAAGUCACUUCUCCUGACCGAGGAAGCCAGCCUAUCAAGCACCACAGCAGAAGUAUUUCUUCUUGCUGCAGCCCAGGACAAAGGAGUGGGAUGUUGCAUAGGAAUACUUUCAGAAGGGCACCACCCUCACCCCGAAGUCGACUGGGUGGUAUUGUAGGACCAGCAUAUCAACAACUUGAAGAAUCAAGAAUUCCAGACCAGGAUACGAUACCUUGCCAAGGGAUAGAGGUCAGGAAGACUAUAUCCCACCUGCCUAUACAGCUGUGGUGUGUUGAAAGACCCCUGGACUUAAAGUAUGUGUCCAAUGGCUUAAGAACCCAACAAAAUGCAUCAAUAAAUAUGCAACUGCCUUCAAGAGAGACAAACCCCUAUUUUAAUAGCUUGGAUCAAAAGGACCUGGUGGGUUAUUUAUCCCCAAGGGCCAAUUCUGUGCCCAUCAUCCCGUCGAUGGGUCUAGAAGAAACCUGCAUGCAAAUGCCAGGGAUUUCUGACGUCAAAAGCAUUAAAUGGUGCAAAAACUCCUACUCCGCUGACAUUGUCAACGCGAGUAUGCCAGUCAGUGAUUGUCUUCUAGAAGAACAACAGGAAGUGAAAAUAUUACUAGAGACUGUGCAGGAACAGAUCCGGAUUCUGACUGAUGCCAGACGGUCAGAAGACUUCGAACUGGCCAGCAUGGAAACUGAGGACAGUGCGAGCGAAAACACAGCCUUUCUCCCCCUGAGUCCCACGGCCAAAUCAGAACGAGAGGCACAAUUUGUCUUAAGAAAUGAAAUACAAAGAGACUCUGUGCUAACCAAGUGACUGGAAAUGUAGGAAUCUGUGCAUUCUAUGCUUUGCUCAACAGGAAGGAGAGGAAAUUAAAUACAAAUUAUUUAUAUGCAUUAAUUUAAGAGCAUCUACUUAGAAGAAACCAAAUAGUCUGCCACCCUCAUAUCAUAGUGUUUUUUAACAAAAUAUUUUUUUAAAGGGAAAGAAGCAUUUCAGGAGGGAUAAAGCUUACUACUAAAGCUUUAGGGGAGAAUUCUGAAUCCAAUUUCAGUUAGUCCUUACAUUGUCCUCUUUAGCUCUUGGAAGAUUUGGCCAUUUCCAACCUUUGGUCCCAUAAUGCCAGUAUCUAUAUGGAAAAGAAACUGGUGUUUUCCUAGCUUCAAAGAGAUGAAGUUUAUUCCAAGGGCAGAUGUGCCAGUUGAGCAGAUAGCCCUGGCCAUUUGGCUCUUCAGUUCCAACCCCUAAAUUUCUAUUCAUCAAUGCUCUCUCUACAGGUUAUGUCAUGUCAAGGAAUGUAGUGCUUUGUAUUUGAUUUUCAAAGAAUGGCAGGAAAACAUGAAAAGGAAGGAAGACAGAAAAUAGAAGUAAUCUGGGCAAACUUAGCUCUUCUCAUGCACCGUCUUUCUCUGUAAUUUGAAAGCACAGAACCUCAGAGGGAGGUGUGAACUUAUUAUAGGAAAAGAGACAAAAUGACAUCGUCGUGUUACUAAAGUCAUGCUAAUAGAAAUGUUGUUCUUGGAGAGUGUUUAGAAGCUCUGAAAGUGUGUGUGUGUGUGUGUGUGUGUGUGUGUGUGUGUGUGUGUAUGCCUGUGUGCACAUGUAUGAGGGUGCAAGUGUUGUGGGCUUACUCACAUAAGCACUUAUGCUAGUUGCACAUGUGUCCCUUGUACGUAUGUGGGUAUAUGUGUGUGCAUGUGUGUGUGUGUUAAAGCUUGCUAAAAUUUGUUCUGAAACAUCAGGGAAACUAAUAUUCAGAAGAGAUUUCCCCUUUAAGAUCUUUUCACUUUAAAUUUUCCAUUAAAUGUAAAUUUGGUUAGCGAGUUCUUGAUCCAAGGUAACUUGCAUGGCAGGGUCUUAUAAAACUCUUGACAAUGUCUAGACCAUUUUCUGAUGUGAAUACUAUUGAAAAGGACAGCCUUUGGCUUAUUGAUAUCAGCAUCACAAAGCAAAUUAAUGGAGGAUGUGUUUAGUUUGAGUCAUUUACUUAAAUUACUGACACAAGCCAGUCAUCAAAUUGACAGUUGACUAUUUUAUUUCUUGUCAUCCUCAUUGCUAAUUUACAGCAAGUCUGCUCUGUGUAGACAGAGGCAUUGGCUUCUGUAAUUAAUGUGGAAGGAAUAAAUUGUUGAAAACCACAAAUACCAGACUAUUCAGUUCACAAGCAAUGCCCCCAAACAACAAAUUGUGUUGUAUGUUCAUUUGGAAUAAAGCAAUAUUUUUACCACUGCUAAGGUGAACUGAAAACCUCUCCUGAAGAUGUGUCUGUUUUAUUUUCCCUUAUUUCCAUGGGGCAUUCAAGGAAACUAGUGUUCACAUACCCAGUCUUUAUCCAAUUAUUGGUGGUGUUGUUAUGUUUACACUGUUUAAAAUAAAAAGGCACAGUAUUUGAAAGUACAUAAAAGAUUGCUUUUACUGUAGUUUUGGGAAAGCUUAUUUAAAAUUUCAUUGGUUUCUGUCUCAAGCAGAGAAAGCAUGCAAUUCUUUCUUGAGGUAAGUUUGUGUUAAAUAUAUUGCAAAUUUUUAUAUGUGAACAUUCAUUUAUAUCAGAUAGAAUACUAUCUAGGGAAUAGAAAGAACAUUAAGAAACUGAUCAAAAGAGUUUAAUAGGAAACUGAGGUCUUGGAUGUUGAAAAAGCAGUGAUGAAAACCUGUGUUGUAUCUAACAAAAGUUGUAUGGGAUCAUUUGUAACUAUUAGAGUUUGCUUGCUUUGAGUAGAGCAGCAAGAUGGUUAGCAUUUUUAAACAUUGUAAAUUUUUAAUAUAUUCUUGCUCAAUUUAGUUUCACUUGAAAACAUUUUUUUAUUUAUGAAAAUCUUAGAUGGUUUUUGUAGGUCUAUAAAAUCCUGAAAGUUGAACAUCUACUGGGCCAUUAAUGUUGUUAUUUACCAUAAGUGUCAAAAAAGUGAGGACACACUGGUGUGUUAAAGUCAACUUUGUGGGAUUGUUUGUUGUUUUGUUUUGUUUUGUUUUGUUUUUUUGGUUUUAUUUGUUUUUGUUUGUUUUUGCUUUUUUGUUUUUUUUUUCUUUCCUUAUUUCUUUUGACUAUAAAAUGUUAAGUACCAUUCACCCAGAGAUUCCAUUCAUCAUACUAGGAGAACAGGUACUCUGAGGAAGUAAAGUCAUUGUACAAAACCCAAAAACCAACCAACAAACAAAACUGCAGUAUGAUCAAUAUAAAUCAAGUCCCAAUAUAACAUCUUACUUUAAUAAAGACUGCAUAUCAAAUGAUUUUGGUACAAACCAAAAUUCCCCACAUUCUGAAAAUAGCAAUUAUCAGGCAAAUUCAAUGGCCAUGUUAUGGAACCUUUACAGUUAUUAGUAUUGUCUGAAUACUCAAGACAAAAUCAUCCACAGAAAUAGGUAUUUUGGUAGUUACCAUGGCCUUUGUUUCCUUUUGAAACAGGAAUCACUCCUGCAGUGUCUAAGUGUCUAAGCUCAAUGGGCACAUCUUAGGUUACCAACUGACAAGUGUCCCUUGCAGAAAAUGCUGAGACUUUCUACAUAAACAUGAUCUGGCAAAUACCUGAGCCAUCAUUGCUUUGUCUUUCAAGCUCAUGUACUUACUAGGGCAUGGGAAUUUCUACUCCAUACCUUUGAAUUUGCUUCACAUCCCUUAUCUUUAUUGUGGGAACUGAUAUUUGUAAUUAAAUAAGCAACAUAUACAUCAUCAACUGGACUGAAUAUCACCCAUUAUAAUUUUGUUUUGAGUCAUUUUUUUCUGGUAUGUCUUUUUUAUAUAACAAAAUAUUUUAAAUUACUGGUAGCUAUUGUGGAAUGCUGUUGUUGACCAAUUGAUGUUACUAAGGUAGAAUAGAAAUUAUGUUAGAGAGUUAGCAUCUGGUUCUCUCUUCCUUUGUAUAUUAAACACUCUCUUUCAGACUCUACUGCAGUAUCUACCUUGCUGUGAAUUAGGUUAAUUUAUCACACAUCCAGUGACUCAUAUCAUUUCUAAGUAACAAUAGAGGAGGCAUAGAAAUCCACUGCUCUUGGCCCUUCACACAGUAGUUAUAUAACAUGUUGACCAAAAAGAGUAAAAGGGCCAUACAGACUUCAGAAUACUCCCUGAGUUGUGAAGUUAAUAGCUACAAUUUUACAAGGGUUCUGGUGCCCAAAGUUGAGGCUGCCAAUAACCAGAUCUCCACCAGACUACAUUCAAUCCUUGCAGUCACUACCAUACACUUAUCUUGCCAUAUGGUGCUAUAGGAAUAACAAAUCAUUAAUGUGUGUGUGGUGGGGGUGGGAUGAUCUCUGAUUCCCGCCCUCUGAACCUAAGAUCAGUGCUAAGAAAUCUGUCUCAAAUAAGUAUAUGGUAUACCUAAGAACACAGCAGGUGGGGAGGGAUUUUUAUUUGACCUUUUGGUAUCUGGGAAACGUUUUAUAUAUAAAGAAUAAUUUUUAUUAUUAUUCAAUUGUAUAGCUUCAGUAUAGUGUUUUCAACAGAUAGUAUGUCUGUGCUGUUUGUAUCUUGUCUUCAGAAAUUCAGUCCUCAUUUCAGGCAAGACUAGUCUAAGGUUUCUAGACUGUUCUCAAUUUUAUAAACACUCAGUUUGCCCUGGAAAAUUAUGCUUUCAAAUAAGCUUUAUCUCUUCCUUUUUUCCCAUUCUUUCCCUUUUAAAGAAAUACUGAGGGUAAAGACAUUCCCCUUCUUUGAUUUAUAUCAUCUAUUUUCACUCACCCGUUCCUACUGGGACUAUGCCCAUAAUAUAAAUAUUAAAUUAGGGUGAUUACUUGGAUAUCCUUAUCUUCUCUUCCUUUGAAGAACACCAAGUGGUUACUUCGUGAAACCUUCAUGGCCAGACAAAUGGCAACGGUUCAUCAGACAACCAUUUUCAGUUCAUUCUCCUUAGUCAAACGGGAACAUCUUUGAAUUAAAAAUUUCACAAAAGCCAAUACUGAAAUAUGUUAGAUAUUCUCUUAAAUUUACAAUUAAAUGAUGGGUGUAAAUGAUUACUGUCUCUAUUUGUAUAAUUGUCUCAAAUGCUUUUUUUUUAAAUUAAAUAUAUUCUAACAAUGCCUUUGACCUAUGGUAGCACUGAACUCUAGUAAGGGCAGAGUGUUUAAGGAGAACAAGGCACUCUAUGCACUAAUGUCAGACAGCCAGGUGAAUUCAGUGACAGAAUGGCCAUACAAACAGUAAAAUAGAGAGCAGGCUUCUUGCCCUUUGAUAAUUGUUUUCUGUGAAUACCUGUAUGGAUUGCAUGUGUAUUGUUGCCAAAGAAAGAACUGUGUGAAGAGAAACAACCUGAGUUUGUUGAAAAUGAAUUAGACAUACAUCUUUGUGAAAGUUUCUAAUUGCAGGUAAGAGUAGUCCCUGGGCCUCAUCUGUGUUAUAAAAGGAAUGUGAUGUUGUAUUUCAUCUUUUUUUUUUCAGUCAAACAUCUUGUUGUCCAGUUUUUUCCAGAUUUUCUAUGAUCAUUCAGCACUGUUUUUAUGUAGUCUGUGCCUAUAGAUUUAUCUCACAAAGUCUUAUGAAAGUCUUAGCUCAUGUAUCAAUCAAUAAGAUUGGCAUGUGUAACAGCACAUGCCAUGGAUUAAUAGGGUUGUUGCUAUGGUUAGACUUAGGGCAACUUUACCAAGAUCAGGAGACGAAGAUGGAUGGCCAAGAAACAUGUGAUUCUGAAACUUGAGAAUCACAGGUCAAACUUUGCUUCACAUUUGUCUUAAAUGAAAUGUGAGAGUUUUUCAAUAACAGAGCAAAGCCUCACCACACCAGGCAGGAGAACAUAAUUGUGUCCUUCACUUACAUACAUACUAGACAGAUGCAUUUGUUAUAAAAAGUAAAACAUAUAUAUUGAUGCUCUCAAGUAUUUCCAUCUCGUGUUUUUUGUUUGUUUGUUUUGAGCUAAGAGUACUGCCAUGUGGCACAGGAUAUCAGUGAAUAUACAAUCUUCUGCCUCAGCUUACUGGAUUUGAUUAUAGGUGUUUAUUACUAUACCUGGUACAACUAAAACUUUUAAAAAUAAACUCUCAAAAAUUGAAUAAAAUUUUAGUUGACACUUUUACAUUAAGGUUCAAUAAAAUGCUAAUGUUGAGAGCACCAAAAAGCAGUGUGUACAUACUGGGUUUUGUUUACAAUUGCUGUUUUGACAGAUCAGUACCCCAAUAUGCUUCUUCAGUACCCCAAUAUGCUUCUUCAGUACCAUCCAGACAAGCACUGAUUCUUCUAUUUAUAAUUUAUUUUGGUCAAGAACCCAUAAAGUUUAAAUUCUUUCUGUAUUCAAUAAAACAAUGGAAAAUGUUAAAAUAUUUGAGUCAAAGACAUAAAAUUCCAGUUGUGUCGUGAUUUCAAAUGAUAAGGAUUCUAUGCAGUAGUUUCACAAAAUGAAACUAGGGAGAAACCCACAUUCUUUGAACUUGAUCUUGAUGUAUUUAGAGGUCUGAUGAACCACUGAGGCAAUUGCAAUAUAUUCUACAUCUAUAGUAUAUACUUUUUACAGUAAACAAAUAAAAGGAAUUAAAACACUACAUGCACACAGAGCACUUAGCCAUGUUAAAUAUCAACCCCAUGGAAAACCUUGGAUGAAAUAUCUCUCAUUAAGAAAUGCAUGUGUCAAGAAUGUGUUCUGGUUUACUCUGAUUUUUAUUGUUUAAAACCUGCUGUUGAGUGAUAUCUUGUCAACAAAAGUCUAUAGGGGAGAUACAAUUGUUCAAACAGAAACAAAUGGGAGAACAUAAAUUUUCAUCCUAAAAAUUUCUGUGUCUUCAUGUGCAACUAUUGCAUAUGUACAAUGAUAAUUAGAAGGAAAUGUUUUGGCUCAUAUUUUUUGCAAAUAUCCACUUGGGAAUAUCUAUUAUGAGGAAUAUUAGAAAAUAACACAUGAUUUUUAUACUCAGUUAGCAUUGUGUCCUUAGUAGAUACAUUUUUAUCAGGUGGGAGACCCUGGCCACCUCUAGCACAUACAUGAGUGCCUUGGGAGCCUUUGUUGCAUCUCGGAAUUAAGAUUCUCUUAGGUUGUGAUCUUGUUUUACUUUAUUAAAUGAGGAUUUUCAUGUAAAAGAAGAGACCAAUGCAAUUUACUCAUUUUAUCGUUUUAGUGAGGGAUAAGCUAGGAACCUUUUAAAUAUAAAAUGAUAAGAAGGUUCUCCAUUUAGCCUAGGCAUGUUAGUUUUCUGGAUAUUGUUAAAAGACAUUCCUAGCUUGGAAUUGUUCUUUAAGUUAGUUCUAUCCAUGUUCAUGAAGGGAAUUUGGAAUCGUCAAUUUAAGUAAAAA